AUGAUGCACCCAAAAUCAGUUCUUUGGCAUUUGUAAAACUAAAACAUCUGAAUGAACUUUGCAAGUUGCAAAAAUAAAAAGUAGGCUUGUAGUAAAUAUGAAGUAUAAUGAAAUUCAACAACAAAAAAUUUACUUUCACAAAAUGCAAUAACCUCAUUUGGAACAAAACUAUUAGAAAUACUAAUAUAUUUAAAAUCUCAGUGAAGCUGUUAAUAUUUUAAAACCGUGUUUAAUAAAAGAAAUGUGUAGAUCACUUCCUCCUGCUCAUGCAGAGUACCCGGAUGUCCGAGGUUUCUAAAAGCCCUCUUCCUGCGCUGUUGCUAUGGAAACGAAUGUUUGACCCUAGACUCACAACCAAAUGGAACUACUGACUGAAUAAUUUUUCUUUCUGCUUCUGAAAAAUUCCAUUUCCUCACGUUAUUUUUGCAGCAUAACCAAUGUCUACACACAAAAAAGGUUCAGUUAAAAAGCCUGCAAUUGCAAGACCCCAUACUCUGAUAAAUGGCCUCACCAAGGAGGAGGUAUCCAAGGAACAGAUGGAAGAGCACAUUGCAUAUCUUCGAGAGGAGCUGGACAGAGAGAGGGAAGAGAGAAACUAUUUCCAACUGGAGAGGGAUAAGGUCGCCACCAUUCAUGAAAUCACUGAAAGAAAACUGAAGGAGGUAGAGGCUGAGAUAAAAGUUGUACAGAAGGCCACAGAAGACGACAAGGCACGCCAUGAAGUAGAGAUCAAGGUUUAUAAGCAGAAGAUGAAACACCUCCUGUGUGAACACCAGAACACAAUCUCUGAGCUGACAGCAGAUCGCUUGUUGUCUGCUGAAGUGAUGCAAAAAAAACAGGAUCUGCUGGAGGCGGAGCUUCGAAGCAAAGUCAAGGCUGCCAUGGUGGACGUGCAAGAUCUCGACCACAAAACUCAUAUUGAGAAACUUGAACUGGAACACACCAAAAAAAUGGCUGCAACUCAAGAAGACUGGGAGAGGCAAAUCACAGAAGCUGAAGUUAAACAUGAGGAAUGCUUGCAUCUGCAGCAAGAGGAGCUCGACGAUGUAUUCAAAAGUAUGACGAGCAAGCAAGAGCUCAGCUGGAAUAAUCACAUCAACGACCUCAAAGAAAUUCACGAGAAAACCCUCAAAGACUUAGCAAUGACCUUUAACAUUAAAGAAGAGUGUAAAAAGAUCGAAAAACUCAAGCAAGAAAAUAAAGAAAGACUGACUGAACUUGAUCAACUUGGCAAGAUGCUGUCCAUUCAAGAGCAAAGUAACCAACUUCUUUCUGAGCGCUUAUCCGAAGUCAAGGAGCAAAUUUACAGCGUGGAGGAAAAAUUAAAAUACACAUCAUACACUAAGAGAGCCAGUCACGUACCCGGAAUGAAAGCUCUGAAGAAAUUAAAAAGAGAUUAUGAUGUUCUCCAACAGAGAUUCAGCGAGCUCCAGCUGGAAAGAGAUGAACUAUCCAAGUCUGUCCCUCAGAGAAUCCAGAGUGUGCAGGAUGAAACAGAGGAUGUGAUCAGACAGCUGGAGAGCAAGCUGCAGACCCUGGCAGACAGGCUGGAGAAGACCCAGGCUCAGCUCGACACUGUGCUCUCCGCUCCAAACUUGGACCACACGGCCCUCACUGAGGUCAUGAACAAAGCCCAGGAAAAUAAAUGGUGUCCAGCAAUGCUUCCAUCAAGGAUUUAAAAUAAAACAGAUUGCUAAGGCCCGUAAAGACUUUCUGCUGAAAAAGAGCAAACGGCUCUUUGUCUCAUCGAGGAUAAACUGUCAUCAUAAGAAGCAGAUCUUAGAUUUUAAAAAAAGAAGUCAAGUUUGAAAUGAUUGUUUAUCUUUUCUACCUUUGCAUUAAAACUUCUUACAUGUUUGUGUGUACUUCCACUUAGAUGCAUUGUGCAUAUUCAGUAAAUAAAAUCUGAUGAAAUUA